UGUUCCAGCCAAAACCGUGGAAAAUUCCAUCUGCUGUUUAUAUAUAUAUUCGCCUGCACUAUUAUCACCCCCUCUUCACGCCGGCUCAAUUUCAGAUUAAAAAAAGAAAUAAAGAAAGAUCAGAUUUUUCGAGUUUUGGGUAUUAGUGAAGAAGAAACAACAAACAAAGAGGCAGAAACUCACACUCACAUCAACGCAGAAAGCGACAAAAGGUAAAAAAAGUCGGAGAGAAAGUAAAAGGCUCCAAGAAGAAAAGAUCAGAUUUUUAUUUUUUUGUUUCCUUUUUUUGCUUUUUCAAUUGCUUCGCUUGACUGUUUCGAAUCGGAAUAAGUCCCCGGGAGAAUUUCGAGGCGGCCAUGGCUUUCCUCCUUCUUAUUUCCUCUUCUUUCCCGGAAAAUCAAAGAUCAUCCAACUCUGUGAGAAGCUAUGAGGAAGAGCGAGAUUAGGCCGCCGCCUGCUGAGAAGUUGCAUUUACAUAGUAGACUAAGACAACGUUUAAGGAAGAUCAGAAUGAAGUGUUUGUGUUCCGGUGAACAGAUGAGACUCAUCGAGGAAGAAGACAAGCGGUCCGAGCUUGGUGUUAGCUCAGCUUUAUCAGCUGCUGAGAGCGAGACUGCCAAGAAGCUUGAUAACGGCAACAUCGAAGAAGCUGAGUUGUCUCUGCGUGAGACUAGUUCUUUGAACUACGAGGAGGCGAGGGCACUUUUGGGAAGAAUAGAGUAUCAGAAAGGGAACAUAGAGGCGGCAUUGAGAGUCUUUGAAGGGAUUGAUAUCAGUGGGAUCACUAUAAAGAUGAAAACCGCUUUAACCGCUAGAGAAGAAAAAAGACAUAGAAGACGUUCCAAAGGCAGCUUUGUGACUCCUCCUCAGCCUCCCAUGUCUAAACACGCUGUUAGUUUGCUUUUCGAAGCUAUCUUCCUCAAAGCCAAAUCUCUCCAGCGUCUUGGAAGGUUCCAAGAAGCUGCGCAGUCUUGCAGAGUUAUUCUCGAUAUAGUAGAGGCUUCUGUAUCAGAAGGCGCGUCAGAGAAUGUCACUGGUGACAUCAAGUUGCAGGAGACGCUAGCCAAAGCGGUUGAGCUGCUUCCUCAGCUGUGGAAGCUUGCUGAGUCGCCACGCGAUGCUAUUCUGUCUUACAGACGAGCGCUUCUCAAUCACUGGAAGCUAGAUCCUGAAACCACAGCGAGGAUACAGAAAGAGUACGCCGUGUUUCUUCUCUACUCCGGCGAAGAAGCCGUGCCGCCUAACCUGCGUUCUCAGACCGAAGGCUCUUUCAUCCCGAGGAACAACGUGGAAGAAGCUAUCCUUCUUCUCAUGUUACUUCUCAGGAAAGUUAACCAGAAGAGAAUCACAUGGGAUGCAGCGAUCUUGGACCAUCUCACCUUCGCUCUCACGAUCGCAGGCGACUUAACCGCUCUUGCUAAGCAACUUGAAGAGCUUAGCCCCGAGAUAUUGGACCAGAGGGAGCUUUAUUAUACAUUGUCUUUGUGUUACCACGGUGCAGGGGAAGGUCUGGUGGCGCUCGGUUUACUGAGGAAGCUAUUCUCAGAGAAAGAGGAUCCAAACCGGAUAUCCGGUUUGCUUAUGGCUUCCAAGAUAUGUGGUGAGAGACCUGGUCUCGCUGAGGAAGGGUUAGACUAUGCUCGUAGAGCGAUAGGAGACUUGGGGAACGAAUGCGUUCAGUUAGACGGUGCAGCUCGUCUAGUUUUGGGCAUUGCACUCACCGAAAGCUCGAGGAAAACAGCUACUGAGGCCGAGCGGGUAGCUAGGCAAUCUGAGGGGAUGCAGGCGUUGGCCUGUGGGGAUAUGACAGACCCGAGAGUCGUGCACCGUCUCGCGUUAGAGAAUGCAGAGCAGAGGAAGCUGGAUUCAGCGUUGGUGUACGCUAAACAGGCGUUGAAGCUUGGAGCAGAGUCGGAUCUUGAAGUGUGGUUGCUCCUGGCUCGUGUUUUAUCUGCGCAGAAGAGGUUUUCAGACGCUGAGACCAUCGUGGAUGCAGCGCUUAACGAGACGGGGAAAUGGGAACAGGGGAAGCUGUUGCGUUUGAAGGCAAAGCUUCGUUUAGCUAAAGGGGAAGUGAAGGACACGAUUAAGAGUUACACAGAGCUUCUCGCUCUCCUUCAGGUUCAGAGCAAAAGCUUCAGUUCUUCAAAGAAGCAGCUGCCAAAGGGAUACGUAGAGGGGUUGAGGAGUCUGGAGCUUGGGACGUGGCAUGAUCUGGCUCAUAUCUAUAUAGACCUAUCGCAAUGGCGUGACGCAGAGACAUGUCUCUCGAGAUCAAGACUCAUCGCUCCUUACUCUCCUGUUCGAUACCACACCGAAGGUGUACUGUGCAAGAGACAGGGACAGCUAGAAGAAGCGAUGGAGGCAUUCACAACUGCUCUAGACAUGGAUCCAAUGCACGUCCCGAGCCUAAUAUCAAAGGCUGAGGUUCUUUUGGAGCUUGGGAACCGAUCAAGCAUAGCGGUUGUGAGAAGCUUUUUAAUGGAGGCUCUUAGGAUUGAUAGGCUGAACCAGUCGGCUUGGUACAAUCUUGGGAAGAUGUUCAAAGCUGAAGGAUCUGUCUCGUCGAAGCAAGAAGCUGUUGAGUGUUUUCAGGCCGCUGUUGCGUUGGAGGAAACAAUGCCUGUUGAGCCAUUCAGAUGAUUCUUUUUCGUUUUUUGGGUUUUGGUUUAUGAUUUCUCCUUUUCUUAUUUUUUACGUUUUGUUUUUGAUAUAGAUGAAUGGAUAUACGAUAUAAAGAUGUAUGUGUGGAUAUCUGAUUUGAUGUGAAGUUUACCAACAUUCUGUAAUAUACAUAGUUGAAAAGAAACUUAAUAGGUUGUUGUGGUCAA